AUGGGUGGGCUAAGCCCACCCCAGAGCAAAAUCCUGGCGCCGCCACCAGAGGGAACCUCCCAAGGUGAUAAAUCGCUUUUUGAUCGACAUCUAGUGGGUUAUAGGUUAUCGACUAUGCUGAUUCCGAAUAUGACCAUGGGGCUUCCCAAUAGUCCUUCGAAGAUCCAGUCUUCUGGAAAACCAGUUUUUUCGAAACCCC